AUGGAGUGCUCUUUCGGCAUCACCGGUAAAGGCUACACCAUCAUCGCUUCGGACUCGAAUGCGGCCCGUUCCAUUGUCAAGAUGAAGUCCGACGUGGACAAGCAAAAGGUGCUCAGCGACCACCUCGUCAUGACAUACUCUGGAGAGCCAGGUGAUACGCUCCAGUUCUCGGAGUGGAUCGAACGUAACAGCAAACUAUACAGCAUCAGGAACCACGUCGAGCUCAGACCAAAGUCGGCAGCCGCAUGGAUCCGCAAGCAGCUCGCAGAGUCGUUACGCUCCAGGAACCCGUACCAGGUCAACCUGCUGUUGGGCGGCUUCGACCUUCCCACUUCGGAACCUGCUUUGUACUGGAUCGACUACCUCGGCACGCUCGCCACUGUUCCAUUUGCCGCGCACGGCUACGGCGCCUUCUUUGCAAUGUCGACGCUGGACCGCUACCACAGGCCGGACAUGUCGCUCGAAGAGGGUCUGGAUCUGUUGCGCAAGUGCAUCAACGAGCUCAAGCAGCGCUUCAUUGUCGACCUCGGCACAUUCACCGUUCGCGUCGUCGAUCGAGAUGGCGCUCGCACCGUUCAGCUCUGA